AUCUAUUUAGCAACGGAGGGAACGGACGGUUUGGGGACUCGAUGUGCGGUUCUAUGAUACACUUUUGAUGUGCUUGCCGCUAUGAGGGCUGUGAAUGAGGUCCCUUUCAAUUGCCAGGGAGGUGGAGGACAACUAUUAGCCCGAAACCUCAAACGUUUGAACGUUCACUUGAACUCUGAUAGCACGACUCAGUAUGAUCAGGAUUCAGGACUGCAGAAAAGCCGUCAGGGGAAUCGCUCGAUGUAUCACUCAAGUUAUGGUGUACCGUUUCAGCUCCGUCGAAUGUUAGGCAAUGGAGAAAUUGUCGAUCUAUCCUUCCCUCGCGUUCCUGGUGUCCAACCUUACCUUGCACUAAAGGCUGCUGUUGUGCAUGCUUACCGAAAUAAAGAGGGCGCACGCUUUAAGUGGUGCUACUCCCUGCUUCGGCUUAUGCUGACAGAACCCUCGCUAUGGUCAGUCAUCGACCACGACGUCAGUCAGUGCACAGAUUCGGGCCAGGUACGCUUUGCCGAGUACAUAGUUACUGCGCUCAAUACCCUCGCAUGCGUCCGCCUGAAAGGUAACACCCACAAGGAUCUUCAAGACAUGGCUGCAAUCUGUUAAUUCCACGACACCACCACUUGCAUUGCAUCCGCAGGGCCACCUCGAUCACGAAUUCUCUAUCGUUUAAUCGCUCCGAGCCGCACAAAGGAGUGCGCCGCUGUCAGCGUCUCUGAACUUUAUGCUACUUCCCCUCCGUUCGGAAGCGAAUACGACAAACUUCCAACGGAUGCAUCUGAUGACGGCAUCCAAUUUCGACGAAGUGUACUUGAGCUCUG